AUGAGCAAGAGGCCGGUGGAGGCGGGCGGCGAGCGGCCGCCGAGCCGUGGCCGCCCGGCGUCGCGGUCGGUUCGCCACCACGGUGCCAGCGCGCAGAAGGAGGCCCAGGCGGCGGCGGCGGCUGCGGCGGUGGCGGCCGCGCUGCGUGACGAUGCCGCUGUGAGCAGCAGGGCGGCGAUGGCGGCUCGCCCCAAGCGUGUGCCCAACGAGUACGUCUCCUACCGCCAGCCCGGCACGAGCGAGGCGUCGACGCAUCAUCAUCCUGGCGACGAGCGCUUCCCCGGCGGGCCGAGCGAGGCGUCCAUGCAUCAUCGUCCUGGCGGCGAGCGCUUCCCCGGCGGGCCGGGCCACGGCGAAAUCCAGGAGGUCGACGAGCCGGCGCAGCCGCCCGGCGGCGGCAGGCCCUACUACAAGGCGCCGUGGCAGAGGCGGGGACGGCCGCCGCCGGAGCCGCUGCCGCCUGUGGCGGUCGACGAGCCGCAGUACCGGUACGAGCGCGUCCCGGGAGAGCAGAGGAUGAGGAUGCCGGGGCCGGCCAUGGCGCCGCGGAUGGGCCCGCGCCCUACCGGCAACGGCGGCUUCAGGACGAACACCACGCCGGUCGAGCGCGUCACCACGAUGAAGCGGGACGACGGAGACGCGCCAUACCAGGGGGGCGCGCCGGUGUCGGGCAACGGGAGCCCGCAGCAGCAGCACCACGAUCACCAGGGGUCGACGUCGCACACGCCGGCAGGAGGUCACCACCGGACGUCGGGGAGGAGGACCCCGAUCUACCGCUCGCCGGACCACGAGAAGGCGAAGCGCAAGCUGCCGGCCUUGUGCUUCACCCUCUGCUGCAUCCUGUUCUGGCUGGCGGUGGUCGUCGUCGGCGUGGCCGUGCUCACCGUGUACCUCGUCUACCGCCCGGAGCCGCCGAAGCUCCGGGUGACGGACGCGUCCCUGAACGCCGGGUACGUGGACGAGCUGACCGUCCCCGGCGGCCCGCCCCGCGGCCUCGCGCUCAACGCCGACCUCACCGUGCUGACCGCCAUCACGAGCCCCAACACCAAGAUCAACAUGGUGCUCUGGUACAUGCAGCUGGACGUGUACUUCGAGGGCCACAGGAUCGGCACGGCGACGGUGCUGCCGGCGCCGCUGCUCGAGGCGCCGCGCACUUACGCGCUCCGGACCGUGGACUUCGUCGUCAGCGAGGUGCCCCUGUCGCGGCAGGACGCCAUUGCGUGGAGGAACGCGACGGCGGGGGGCGGGCCCGUGGUGCUCAAGGUCGUCGGGAAGUUCCACACGCAGCUCAACUUCGGGCAUUGGCUGCCGUACAAGUACUGGGUGUACCCGCGCUGCACCCUGUGGCUCGACCCGCCGCCCGCCGGCAGGCUGCUCCGGGCACGCUGCUGAGCUCAGGCGAACUGCAUUUUCAUCUACUACAUACUACGUAGCUGUUUUCGUUCCUUCCUCUACUGAAGAAUUCCGGUGUUUUUAGCCUGUCUGAUGAAAUUAUGAUGCACAAUGGCAGGAGGAUGCCUGCAGGUAGUAUAGGAUACUGGAGAAACUAACUCUGAAAUUGUUGACGUAAAGGCUAUAUCUAGGAGUACUGUCGAACCACGAAUGUAUGUGUCAUGUGCAGCAGAUUGGUGCAAGGAGUAGAGUCCAAUGAUUUCCGAUUCA